CGGGGUACACCAUAUCGAUAUAAAUCGUUCUGUAUUGUGGGGUGGCUGUAGGUCAUCAUCUUCCGAUUGCUUUUUUUGAGUAGGAGUCAACCCUGUGCACAUCAUGCCUGCCGAGAGGAAACCGCCCAUAAUCAUCCCACCUUCUGAGCCGCCUCAAGACGCCACAAAAUCUGCGGCCAUCAUCUUCGUCCAUGGCCUAGGUGAUGAAGCAGAAGGCCCUGAAAGUUGGUCGAAUUUGGCAAGAACCACUAGCUAGGACCUAACCACUACACAGGCAUUGCACGUCAGUUCCAGCGCGCUGGCAAGCUCCCACACAUGACAUGGGUGCUUCCCAAUGCCCUUGAAAACCACGAUCUGGCAACUACGGCUUGGUUCAUGCCCACAAGACUAUCACCCUACCCACCAUCCAGGCCUGAGCUGGAAGACGAUGAAGACGAGGAGGGCAUGAUGGCCACUGUGGCCUAUCUAACCACUCUAAUCGAUGACCUGGUGAAGCAAGGCAUUCCCGAGAAGAGGAUCGUGCUCGGAGGGUUUUCGCAAGGACAUGCUAUGGCACUUCUUACUGGCCUGGUCUCUCGGUACGCUGGGAAACUCGGGGGGCUGGUUGGGUUGUCAGGGUUUAUGCCUAUAGCAGAAAGAGUUCCGGCUCUUAGAGAAGAGGCGGGCCUGUCAAAGGACGUGGAUGAUGACGUUGAAGUGUUUGUAGCAAGGGGAAGUGCUGAUAGACUUGUUCCGAAGCGCUAUCAUCGCAUUUGUUACGAGUCGUUGUAUGGGUAUGGAGUCAGAAAAGAGCUGGUGACGGUGAAUGAGUAUGAGGGGAUGGGGCAUUCCAUGAAUGCAGCAGAACUACGGGACCUUUGUGCGUGGCUCGAAAAGGUCAUCCCGGCGCAGGAGUAAUGGCAUGUUUAGAGACAUCGAAGUUGGAGAUGGUCGUAGCAAAAUGAAUCGUGGUUGGUGGAGUAGACGAGCC